GACACAGCGGAUCACCGUUCAACGAAAAGAGCCGAAGAUGUCGGCUUGGUCAUGUGAUCAGCUGUGUCCAAUCACAGCUGAUCACAUGGCACUGAUGAUCAGUGUGCCCUGAUGAUCAGUGUAGCCCCAGCAGUACCACCUGUCAGUGCCCAUCAAUACCAGAUGUCAUUGCCCAUCAAUGCCACCUGCCAGUGCCCAUCAGUGCCUCAUCAAUGCCAUAUAUCAGUGCCUACCAGUGCACAUCAAUGCCACAUAUCAGUGCCCAUCUGAGCUGCCUUUCAGUGUCACCUAUCAAUGCAAGUUAGUGCCGCCUAUCAGUGCCAGUCAGUGCUGCCUAUAAGUACCAGUCAGUGCCGCCUAACAGUGCCAGUCAGUG